ACAAUAAUACUCUCCUCUUCCUCUGGUCCUCUGCCCAUAUCACUCCGCCUCCCUUGCUCCUCCUCACUCCUCCGUGAAUCGUCUCCUCCUCCGUCCUCCGCCGCCGGCCGUCUUCGCCCCGCCGUGCCCUGCUCGUCCGUCUCGUCGUCGUUCCCCUUGCGCCGGAUCCGCGCCGAUCCGCUCCGUUUCCGCCGCGACCGCGAGCGACGCCUGCCGGAUAUGUACUGGUUUCUGGGCUACCAUACGAAAACAUUGGAAAUGAGGUGAAAAUGGUGAUCUCCAUCGUAUUCCGUGGUGUAAAUCAUAGCAAUAAUGGACUGUAUCUUCCAGCAUCCUUUCUACAUGUGGUUAGACACAUGGCUCUUUGGUCAAUGAAGAAGGAUCCAGAUCUUGAAGCGGCUCUCUCACGAAACCGUCGAUGGGUUGUCAACAAUCAGAUCAAGAACAUAAUCCUCGCAUGCCCUGGCCAGGUGGCACCUGUCAAAUUUCUCCAGAAGAAGUUUAAAACUCUUGAUCUUCAAGGGAAAGCUCUAAACUGGCUAAAAAAGUAUCCUUGUUGCUUUGAAGUUUAUCUAAAGGGUGAUGAAUAUUAUUGUCAUUUAUCAAAACGGAUGAUGUAUCUAGUGGACGAGGAAGAGUCAGUGAAAAAUAUGCAAGAACGAGUUUUCGUGGAACGGUUGGCAAAAUUGUUGAUGAUGAGCACAAAUCAGAGGCUUAAUGUUAUGAAAAUCAAUGAGUUGAAACGGAAUUUUGGGUUUCCAUAUGAUUACAUGCUUAGGAUUGUUGCAAAGCAUGGGGAUAUAUUUCGGGUUGUAAAUCAUUGUGGGAGAAAGAGUUCUAUGGAGCUCGAGCUUAUAUCAUGGGACCCUGAUUUAGCUGUCUCUGCAAUUGAAGCCUCAGCUCGCAGGCAUGGUUCUGAGCCAUGUUUUUCAUGUUCAUUGCCUUCAACCUGGGCUAAAUCAUGGGAGAGGUUUCAUGAAUUUAAUGCUACUCCUUACAUUUCGCCUUAUGUGGAUCCUAGAGGUUUAAUAGAGGGAUCCAAGGAAAUGGAGAAGAGGACAGUGGGUUUGGUCCAUGAGAUUCUAGCAUUGACCUUGUGGAAGAAGGCAUCAAUCUUGAAACUUGGUCAUUUUAGGAGAGAGUUUUCUUUACCAGAGAAAUUGAAUAUUUUGCUGCUGAAGCACCCUGGUAUUUUCUAUGUUUCAAACAAAUAUCAAAUAUAUACUGUUCUUCUCAGAGAAGGAUAUAAUGGAUCAGAAUUGGUUGAAAAGGAUCCUCUGGUUAUUGUGAAGGAGAAGUUCGGAGAAUUAAUGCAAGAGGGCCUUCAUGAGUUCAAUCGAAGGCAUUAUUUAGCAAAUUUGGAGAAGAAAAGGAGAAUUGGGAUGCAUGUAGAUAGAUUAGAGAAAAGGAAGGAGAAAAGUGAUGAAGUUCCUGAACAGGAUCAAGGAGACGGACUAGGUAGUUUGUUUGACCCAGAAGAAAGACGACGAUUUUACAAAGUUCUCUUUGAUGAUAAUGCUCCUUGAGAUUUAGCUAAGGAAUUAGAGGCCAUAGUUGACAGGUUAUAGUUGCACAUGCUAGCAAAAGACUAGGAACUAGCUCGCUACCAUGACACAAGGAAUAAGAGGUUGGGAAGUUUACGAAGUCCUUGGUCUGGAAACUUGUUUUCCCCUGUUGGUAAUUUCAAGUGUUAACUUUAACAUCAGGAAGCUAAGGCCAUAGCAUAGUUUGCGGCUCAAAUUAAAAGUAAUGAGGAGAGAUGAACCAAAGAUGGUCACUGGUCAAUCUGUUGAAGAUUCUAAAAUUCUUGCAUUCCAUCAUCGUUUCCGCAAUAUGGAAUAUGAGAUACUGUUUAUAUUUGCUUUUUCUGAUGUUUGAUUGGUGAGUACUCUUUUGAUAUGACAUAAAUGAGAAGGGAAAUGAGUACAUAAGUUGCAGAUUCAUUCCUCUGUUGCACUUGAACUUCUUAAUGAGAAUCUAUGAGCCAUCAUUUUGUUUGUUUAAAUAUAAGGUAAUCGUAUCCUUCCUGUUCAUUAGGGACAGGGAAUGUUGAAUCGGAAGUUGCUAAUGUGACAGGUAUUAGAAGUGGCUAACCUUUCAAAGUCUAUGCUAAUUAGGGAAACUGAACAGAUGAAGGUCGACUUAAUUCU